GAAGCUAUGGAGCGUGCCCUCCUUGAGAGGCUCCAACGCCGCCUCUCUCCCGGCGCCGCCGAUGCUCGCGGCCGCAUCCAGGCCCUAUACUCGGCCCGAUCCCUCAUCGCCAACCCCGAUUCCACCGAGUCCACCCGGCGCUCCGUCGUCGACGCUCUCGUAGCCUCCCUCCGCCACCACCAAGACGACCCCGCCUUCGUCCACCACGCCCUCAAGCUCCUCGGCGAUGCGGCUGUCCUUUGCCGCCCCUUCGCCCACACCGUGGUCGCCGCCGUUCGCCCCUUCCUCGACGGUGGCCACAGCCUGACCGCUGACGCCGUCGCCGCCCUAGCCUCCGUCGCGGAGGCCGACAAUGGAGGGGGAGGAGAAGGGUAUUCUCUCGUUGCGUCGGCAUUGGACGGCGUUCGCAUUCUUUCGCUUGCUUCUAGCCCCAUCGUGGCCGUUCGGUCGCAGGUUCUUGAUCUCUUGGUGCGGAGUGUGGAGAGGGGUCGAUUCUGGGAUUCUUUUGGGCAUCAUACAACGAUUCAAGUGUUCCUUGGGCUCGCGAUGGAUCUGUACCCACUGGUUAGAAAACGUGCUGUCGAUGGCAUAAUAGCAUUGCUAAGGGAAGCCGCAGGUGGCGUCGAUUGUUUAAUCGUGGAAUGCUGCUAUGAUCGUGCUGUUGUGCUUCUUAAGGACGAGGAAAAGCUCGUUAGAUUGACUGCCGUUAAGUUGAUCAGUGAGUGUGGGGAGCUUUUUGCAGCCAGCCAGGGGGAAACUGAGCACAGCGAGCAAAUGGAUGUGGUAUUUGUUCAACUUUGUUUGAUGGCAAGAGAUAUGCAUAUGGAAGUUAGAUUUGAAGCUUUUGUUGCGCUUGGGAAAGUAAGACUGGUACAUGAGACUGUUCUGUUACAAUCCCUCUCUAAGAAAAUUUUGGGCAUCAAGAGUGGAAAAGCCAUUGUUAAAUGCUCCACAGAAGGAACUAAAAUUUCACUGUUAUCAGCUGCUGGCGCUUUUGUACAUGGAAUUGAAGAUGAAUUCUAUGAGGUACGGGAAGCUGCCUGUAGAUCAUUGGGAAUGCUAACAAUUUUCUCUGUCAAGUUUGCAUAUGAGGCUACAAACUUACUAAUGGACAUGUUAAAUGAUGAUACAGAGGUGGUUCGAUUACAAACCUUGCAAACAUUAUCUCAUAUGGCAAAUUAUGAUCGUUUAACAAUGCAGGACAAACACAUGCAAAUGUUUCUUGGUCUAUUGGCUGAUAUUAGUCCCUCGAUAAGAUGCGUGGCAAGAAAACUGCUCCAGCUAAUUAAGUUGCCUGAUUUUGUAUCGUUUAGAGAUACAAUUGAUUGUCUCGUCAGCAAUUUAGAGGCAUUCCCAGAGGAAGAAGAAGAUAUUUUCUUCAUUCUGUUUUCUGUCGGCAAGCAGCACAAGAACUUUUCAGCCAAGUUAGCAAAAGAAUUUGCAAAAGAGAUAGAUCUAUCCUGUGGAGAGCUGAUUUUGGAUAGCCAUGAAGUGGCAGCAAAGUUAGUUUUAUUCAUCUCAUCGUCUUUCUCCAAUGGACAACGUACAACUGAUAUUCCUAUGGCUCUAUAUUCUUAUGCAGUCCCUUUUAGUGGAAGAAUCACUCAUGCCCUGAGAGGUGCUGUAGACCAAGAUUCCCUUUUGGCCUAUUUGUGUUCUUAUAGUAAAGAGAUCCACAAGAUAUGCACUUCAUCGAUGCCGAUUCAUGUUGCAAUAUCUGAUAUUACACGUAAGGGAAAUGUGCUAGAUUUUAGUAAAAUAUUGACACGCUCCGAGCAAACACAAGAGAAGUGUGUGUUCUUGAAUGAGGAAACAAUGCAGUCAAUAAAGCUUAAUUUAGAAACAGUUGGGAAAACUUGGCCUCUGAUGAAGUCACAUUGUACACAAGUAGUGCAAAACAUGUUAAGGGCUUGCAAAGAAGAGUUAGAAACCAUUGCUUGGAAUGCUGAUCACGGAGCUGCCAGUUCAUUUUUAGACUUUGCAGCUCUGUAUAUUCAAGUAAUCCAGUUGGUUACUGAAAUAUUGGACAAAUCUCUUCCAAAAAAAUCUUGCAUUAUUGGCAUGACAUCACUUGAUAUCAUACUGGAAAGAUUAGACAUGAAUCUCCGAAGGCUGAGGUACGGCUUUUCAGGUUUGCAAAGAGACGAAGAAUGUCAUAUUCUAGAGUUGACGUUGCUUAGCUAUGUUUUUAGACUAUUGGAGAUUGGAGUAAGCCCACAACCUAUAUUGGCGAGGCUGACUUCUACAAUUUCUCGUUUGGAGUUCCUUUGUGAAGGACCAUCUAAUCUUUCUGAUUUUGCCAAAGAAGUAAAGCAUGCUUGUACUGAAGGCACAGCAGCCUUAUUUUCUAAUACAUAUGUUUUUCGUAAGUUACUUGAACUCUUCUAUCCUGAGCAGAUAACAUUUACUGGAAGAUUUAAACAGAAAAAGGCAGAAGUGUUAGUCAUUGGUAAUGAUUCAGAGAAUCCUCUGACUUUCGUGUCAGGUUUGCCUGUCGGAAUCUUCUUCCGUAUAACACUGUAUGAAAUACUACAUAGUGACAGGUUGUGGCUCUUGUUGGCCGUGGGUGAGUCAAUUCAAUAUGUAUUUCUUGAUUUAAGCCAAUUUGAAGGCUGUGAUGCAGUGAGAAGCUGCACUCUUAAUGUUCCAUUUCACGGAACUCCAAAAGCAGCAUCAUUUUUGCUAAGGGCUUCUGUAGGUAUUGAGUGUCCAUCUGAAGACGUCACAAACCACAGUAAAGGUCAGGGAGGGCCAAUAGAUGAUUAUGCUAUAAUCUGCAAGGAAAAUGAUGUUCAUUUUAUUAGUGUCAAUAACAGAUGAUAUUUGGAAGCUGUGAGCUGGGAGUCAAUGCUACAUUUCUGCAUAUGUUCUCUAUGGG